AUGUCAAAAUCAAAUCGCGCCACUAAAAAAAUAAUCAAAUUUACAAAACCCGUUCCCACACUUCCAAACGAAAUUCUGCAAGACAUCUUUCGGCGUCUUCGAAAAUACACACUACGCCAGACGUUACUAGUAAACAAACACUGGUGUACAAACACAAUAAUUACAUUUUGGCAAAAACCAUUUCAUUAUUCUUACGACGUUCGAAUAAUCAAAACUUAUUUAUCAUUUUUGGAAGAUGACGCUGAAAAGCAAAGACUUUUGGAUGCUGGCGUUGAAAUCCCAUCAAAAAUUGAAAAUCGAAUUUUUGAAAUUCCGUCAAUGUUGGUGCAUUUAAAAUAUUAUGGAAUGAUUGUGGCUGUGAAAAAUCUCGUUGCCAAUCGGGGAAAAGCUAAAGUUGAAACGAGCGACAACACCGAUAUACUGAAUUUGAUUAUUGAGGCAUUGUUGGGAUUGUUUGUUCGUAAAGAAGUGAAACUCGUUUCAUUAAGCUCGACAUGUGACAAAGGAUAUGAUCCUUUUCUACGUUUUGUUGAUCCAAAGUAUUUCGAAUUAACAAAGAACUUAAAAGAAUUAUAUAUCGAUAGUAAAUGCCGAAGAGGGUUAUUAUUCAAAUGGGCUGCGGGAAAUUGUCGAAACUUGCGUUCUCUUGAAAUUAAUCUCGUGCGAUGGCGAAGAGCUGAACAAUCUAACAGAAUAAACUUGACGGAUGACGAAAACUUGACUCGGCUGAUUUGUGCUCAAAACGAAUUACAAUACUUUAAGAUUUCACAUUAUGCUCGUCGAUUAGAAAUGAAAACACAAUUAAUUGUGGAUGCGUUAGCUACGCAGGCGAACACGCUCCAACAUGUCAUUUUUGACGUGAUCGGCUUUUCUGGACCUUUGGAAGGUCUGGUAAAAUGUACCAACCUAUAUUCUUUGGAAUUUCGUUCGGUAUAUGGUUUGAAAGAGCUUGAAAUUGUUCAACCUCUAAUCUCAGCAAAAUUCGAAAAUUUAAAAAAAGUGGUGAUUGUUAGUGGGGCGGUGUGUGAAGAUCUAAGAAAAUGGGCAGACACGCACAAUAAAGCAUCAAAUUAA